AAAUGCAUCAUUGGCUCGUGGCUGUGGGGACUCCAAGAAAGAACAAGCAGCAAACUCACCCAUUAAUGAGCCGACCAUUUCUCACUUUCCUCUCACUUUCCAAGUCUCCUGUUUCAGCGGAACAAGUAACAUCUGAUCACCCCCUUUCGUUGUUCUCCUUCUUUCAAUAUCCACUUCUCAAUUUCCCCACUGUUUAUUCAAUACCCAAACCUCCCUUUCCCCCCCUUUUUUUGUUUAUCAUAAACAAUCGUCAUAGCAUUAACAUACAGCUAGGAUCUUUCUUUUGUUUUUUGGGGGAAAAGGUUGUGUUUUUAACGAAAAUGGGUUCCAUUUCUUUCGUUAAUUCUCAAACCCUGAAGCUAUUCCCUUCUUUCAAUUCCUUUCUUCAUUCUAAGCAACCCUGCAUUGUCUCCAUGUACCAUUAUUCCCAUAAAGUGGCACUGGCACCCUGCUUGUCUCUCCCCAAACCCAAAGAUGGCUCUUUUCGUCUUGCUGCUGGACUCAUCACCAACUCUGUUCCCUCAAGAAAUGGAAAUUAUACCGUGGGUGAUUUUAUGACCAGGAAAGAGGAUUUACAUGUUGUCAAAGCUACAACAAGUGUGGAUGAAGCAUUGGAGGCACUUGUGGAGAAGAGAGUUACUGGUUUCCCAGUGAUCGAUGAUGACUGGAAUUUGGUUGGCGUUGUUUCCGAUUAUGAUUUGUUGGCACUCGACUCGAUUUCAGGUAGCAGUCAAAAUGACACAACCUUGUUUCCUAAUGUUGAUAGUUCUUGGAAAACAUUCAAUGAAAUACAGAAAUUAAUGAACAAAAAUAACGGAAAAGUGGUCGGAGACUUGAUGACACCUUCACCGCUCGUUGUUCGUGAAACAACAAACCUGGAAGAUGCUGCUAGGCUAUUGCUCGAGACCAAAUAUCGCCGACUACCCGUGGUAGAUAUUGAUGGCAAACUAGUCGGGAUCAUUACAAGGGGAAACGUUGUUCGAGCUGCCCUGCAGAUAAAACGUUCGAUUGAAAGUUGACAUGAUGCCAAUAUCCAGAGAUGAUCGCGAUCUCGGGGCAUCAAAUUGAUGGCAUGAUUCUUUCUUUGAUAUACAGAUGAAACAAGUAUUCUCGAUCUCCCUUUUGGUCAUUUGCCAUUGCCAUGUACAACUUAUACACGAAAUCGUGAGCGUGUUAAAACAGGGCAACAGUAGCUUAGGUAGAAUCAGUAAUGCCAUUGCAGUAAACCAUAUUACCUGUAGUUUGUAUCUAAAUAUUAAUAUUUAGAGUGCUUUUUUACAUUACUGUUAUAGAAUAGUUUAGUUUGGACAACAAUGGCUACACUUUUUUCAACAUUUAAGAUUUGCAUGUUCCAUGAACGACAUUUAAGAA